AUGCAAACACUGGCUCCCAGCUCCGUUCCCGCUGCCCUUCCCCUCCGCAGGCUCUUGAACAACGAGGGCUCCCUGCUCGCCUACUCCGGCUACGGGGACACGGACGCGCGCGUCACCGCGGCCAUCGCCAGCAACAUCUGGGUGGCCUACGACAAGAACGGGCACCAGGCCUUCAACGAGGACAACCUCAAGUUCAUCCUCAUGGACUGCAUGGAGGGCCGGGUCGCCAUCACGCGCGUGGCAAACCUGCUGCUGUGCAUGUAUGCCAAAGAGACAGUCGGGUUUGGGAUGCUGAAAGCCAAGGCACAAGCCCUUGUCCAGUACCUGGAGGAGCCGCUGACGCAGGUGGCCGCGUCCUGAGCGCUCCGAGGCCAGCGCCGUCUGCUUGCGCCCCCGGAGCCCGCACAGGAAGAUGGGAACCAAUCCCAGCGUUCUGCCCUGCCUUGGAAAAUAUGGGGAGCGGGAGGGAAGCGGGGAAUAAAGUCGUGGUCGAUGCUCG